AUGGUCCAAUUCCUAAUUGAACACGGUGCAUAUAUUAAUAAGAGAUUUAGUGAUUACCAUGGUGGUUAUGAUUAUAAAGAUUUUGAAACGCCCCUUGCUGUUGCAAUUAAACAUGGAUCACUUGAAAUUGUCAAAAAAUUAGUUGAAAGUGGUGCAGAUGUUAAUAUGAAAAUUAUAGAUACUGAUGAAGAUUACUGCACUGAAAGAAUUUCUCCUCUUGAAAUUGCAAAUGAAAAUGAUGCAAUUGAAAUUGCAAAUUAUUUAGUUGAGAAAGGUGCAAUAGCUUAUAAAGAAUUUGUUGAUGAUGAUGACGACGAAACUGAUUUUUAUGAUGAACUUUGA